UUCCUUCACGAUCCAUAAAUUAAAAACACCAGAUCUUCUUCUCUCUUUCGAUCAGAUCUAAAACAGAACUACCUUUUUUCCAUCACUUUCCCGCGAAAACAGAACACCACAUUUUCCCGGAAAAUAAUCAAAAGAUGUCGCACAACAGCGACACGAUCCCUCUCCACGCAUCUUCUCAAUCAGACAUCGACGAGAUCGAGAACCUAAUCAACUCCUCCAUCCAAUCCAGUCCUUCAACAGUCCUACCCGCCCGCCCACCAAGCCCGCCCCGAAUACCCGUAUCCGCUUCUCCCUUCAUCCAAUCAAAUCUCCCUCCACCUCAACCGAAACCACAACCCACCAUCCAGAAACCGCCAUCCAUCUUCCCUUCCGCCCCUCUACCUCCUCUCCCACCUAGCUCUGGCAACUCUGCCGGUGGCAAUUUUUCUGCAGCCGGGUUCGGGUCCCCUCCGAACACGUUGACGGAGCCAGUUUGGGAUACCGUAAAAAGAGAUCUUUCUAGGAUUGUGAGUAAUUUGAAGCUGGUUGUGUUUCCUAACCCGUAUCGAGAAGAUCCGGGAAAGGCUUUGAGAGAUUGGGAUCUGUGGGGUCCCUUUUUCUUUAUCGUCUUUCUGGGACUCACUCUUUCUUGGUCCGCUUCUGUUAAAAAGUCUGAGGUGUUUGCUGUUGCAUUUGCACUGCUUGCAGCUGGUGCUGUAAUCUUGACACUGAACGUCCUGCUGCUGGGUGGACACAUAAUUUUCUUCCAAAGUCUGAGCCUAUUGGGUUACUGUCUCUUUCCUCUAGACGUUGGAGCUCUCGUCUGCAUGUUGAAGGACAAUGUAAUAAUAAAAGUGAUUGUAGUAUCUGUGGCACUGGCUUGGAGCUCGUGGGCUGCCUAUCCUUUCAUGAGUUCAGCUGUCAACCCAAGAAGAAAGGCUCUUUCACUUUACCCUGUAUUUCUGAUGUAUGUAUCAGUUGGUUUUCUCAUCAUCGCCAUUGAUUGAUGCAUUGGCAACUCCCAUUGUUGGGAUUUUUUCCGUAACUUACAGCAGUACAUAGGAAUUUUACAUGGUGGUUAAUUGUCUUCUCAUGUUACUGUAUUUUUUGACCCGUUUUUGACUUGAGAUGUCUGGAGAUUCAAUCUGCCAGAUAUUAUAUAGUAUGAAACUUUGAUGUG